AUGCAGUGCCUCGCGUGCGCGGCGGACCACUACCCCGCCGCCUACGCGGGCUCGUUCCUCGCCCCCGACGACGUGACCACGAUGAAGGGCACCGGUCUGACCUGCCUCUACUACAACGAGUGCGACGCGCUCUCCUCCGCGUGCGGCACCAACUUCACCGCGACGGAGUUCUUCAUCACCUGCGGAUGGCUCGCCGUGCUCUGGGUCGUCCUGAUGGCCGUGUUCAUCUUCAUAAGGAGCUUCAAGCACAUGAUGCACACGUGCGAUCCUUGCUACUUCAUGGAGGACGAGAACCACAACUACCCGCCGUACAAGAGGCCGCCGAAGCUGCCCAAGGGACACUUCGCGUGGCUCGUCCGCGCGUGGCACGUCACCGACACCGAGCUCAUCGCCAACACCACCCCGGACGAGCUCAUGCUGCUCCGAUGGUACCGGAUGGUCUACCACUGGUUCUUCGGGGCGACAAUCUUCGUCCUUCCCGUGUGCGCCACGCUGUAUCACCUCGACAGCAAGGACCAGGACGCGUUCGGGAUGAAGCGGAUCACCAUCGCGGCUGCGAACAGCGAGGGCGUGUUCUGGGUCGUGGUGCUGCAGAUGUGGGUCAUAUCCACGUGGCUGGUGUAUCUGCUCAGUCGAGAGACAGCCGCGUACACGCGCCUGGUCUGGAGGCUGCCGGUGUCCAGGAUCGGCAUCAAGUCGCACGCCGUGCUCGUGAGCGACAUCCCGAUGCUCACGACGGACGUGCCGCCAGGAAAGGAGGGCGCGAGGGCGCAGAGCGGCGGGAUCAUGAAGGCGCUCUCCUCCGCGCUGGCCGAUAAGAAGGAGAAGCAGGUCAAGCGAACGGGCUCCAUGACCAGGUCCGGCUCCAUGAUCAGGUCCGGCUCCAUGACCAGGUCCGGCUCGAUGUCCAGGUCCGGUUCGAUGUCCAACCCGUCUUCGCCUCGGUCUCCGAGAUCGGACGCCGGCGAUUUGGAGGGCGUCAAGGUGGAGCUCACCGAGGCCGAAAAGGCGGAGGCGCAGGAGGAGAAGAUGGCAAAGGCGUGGCUGAAGAAGAAUUACUCCGAGGUUCGCUCGUUCAUGGACGAGACGACUCCGGAUGACAUCGAUAAGCUCCGCGCGUGCACCAAAUCCGAGAUUCUCCGAGUGGUCAAGGCAAAGAUGGAGGGGGUCAUGGGUGAGGGGUGCGUCGUUUCCGUGCUGCUCGCGAGGGAUACGAGAAAGCUCGACAAGAGCGCGAACGCGUGGAAGGCUAGCGAGCAGGCCUACCUGCAAGCCUUGAUCCUGGAGAAGGAGCUGAAGGACGACAUCGAGGAGGCGUUGGGUGAGAAUAAGGGCAGCAAGGACGUGGAAGCCGCGGACUCCCCGAAGGUUGCCGAGCUCAAGGCCAAGCUCGCCAAGGCGGACGAGGAACGCGAGAAGCUUCGCCUCGAUACGAAGGAGAAGCUCGCUGCUUUUUCCCAAGCCAGGCUCGAUUACCUUCACGACGAGACCCCAAGCCCGAGUUCCAUCGUGGUCUUCUCGCGUCAGAUGGACGCGGUCAUCGCGUCUCAGGUGCAACUCGAUAACCAGUUCGGUCGCUGGCACACCGAGCCCGCACCGGGUCCCAACGACCUCGUUUGGCACAACGUCGCGCUGACGGGGAAGCAGCGGUGGAGGAAGAACAUUCGCGCGAGGUUGGUGGCCACCAUCAUGGUCAUCUUCUUCUCCGUCCCCGUCAACUUUCUGGUGGCGGCGCUCAACGCGGGUAAAGACGACAUCGUCAGCGUCCUGGGAGAGGGCAUCUUCAAGGUGCUCAUCGGUUUGAUCCUGACGAUCUUCCUGGUCGUCGCGCACAUCAUGUCGCUGGUGAUCUCCAGGCAGUACGGCUCCAUCGCAAAGUCUACAAUGGACGUCAGGGGUGCCUCCAUCUACUUCUGGCUCUUAGUCCUGAACCUGUUCCUCGGUAACCUCAACAGCACGCCGGUGUGGGAGGACCUCCUCGACUGGAUCCAGGACCCGAAGCUGGUCCUCAGCACGCUCAUCUACCGAUGCGUCGAGGCGAGCAGCUUCUUCCUGCAGUUCUGCCUCCUCCGCAUCGCGACGUCGACGGUGCUCGAGCUGAUCCACCCCCCGACCCAUCUGGGUUACCUGGUCAAGACGCUCAUCCACCUCGCGAAGACCACCGCCAUGCCCACGCCCCGCAUGGUGCAGCAGUGGUCGCAGCCGGAGAACACGCCGCUGCACCGCGUCCCGGCGCAGACGAUGCUCAUCUUCUUCCUCGGGUGCCAGUACUGCGUCACGGCGCCGGCUUUCCUCCCAGUCUGCGGGGUCUUCUUCUCGCUCUUCUACCUGUUCUGGAAGCAUAACUUAUCCUACCACUACAUGCAGCCGUACCUUUCGGGCCUCACGCUGUGGCCGUGGCUCGUCAAGCAGACCUUCAACAGCCUGCUGUUCAGCCAGGUGGUUCUGAUUCUCGGUUUGCCCACGCUGAGCAAGAACGGGAAGAGCACCGAGUACCUUCGGCUGGCGCUCUUACCGCUGCCCGUGUGGUCGUGGAUGCAGAUUCGCCGAUGCAUGGCCGUGCUCCGGCGCGCGAGCAAGGUGCCGGUGCAGCGAGACAUACUCCAGGACGACCAAGACAUCAACCUCGACGAGAAAGGAGUCGUGGGUUCGAUCAAGUCCAAGAUGACCGUGCUCGGAAAGAAAACCGGGCAGGCUUUCAGGGAGCUGGAUGAACGCGCGCUCAAUCUCGGAGAUAAGCUCGGAAGGCACGGUUCCGAUCCUUCGAGCCCCGCCACCCCGGCCGCCCAACCCAAGUCAACCCCGAUGAAGACCUACAACAGCCUAACGAAGGACACCAAGGCGUUAAACGUGGACUUGAAAGAGUCCGCGGACAAGGUCAGGGAGAUGGUCGCGAAGGGCACGUGGCGAAACUACCAGCCCAUUGCGAUGUGGCCCACGGCGCAGGAACGAUCCGCGGUGUCGGUGCUGGUUCGCAGAUGGAAGCUUGGACGCAAAAACAGGGGUAAUCAGUCAAUCCACGACGCGAUGGAAGAUAAUCAGGCGCUCGGGGGGUUGCAGGGCGUGUUCACUCCCACCUGGUUCGGAUCGCUGAAGAAGAGCGGCACAGGGAUUCGCAAGACGACGAUGUUGGGUUUUGGCAGGAGCGAGGAUAAAUCGGAGCAAGAAGAGGAAGAGGACGCCAAGUGA